AUGUCUUCUUACAAGAACGACCCCCCGGACCAGGAAUAUCUGGAUUCGAUCAAGAAACAUACCGACAAAGAAACGAACAAGGUCAAUCUAGCACUCGUGGCCAAGGACUUCGGUUAUGCUAGUGGAAAGUCGUUCCAGAAGAAAUAUGCCAAGCUGAAGAAAGCACACAAUCUGACCAACGGUCACAUCUAUGGCGAUUACAGGCCAGGAAACUCUUCCACUAAGGCAGCUACCACCGAGGCGGCCACCACUGAGGUGGUUACCACUGAUGCGAUUACCACUGAUGCGGCUACCACUGAGGCAGCUACCACUGAUGCGAUUACCACUGAUACGGCUACCACUGAGGCAGCUACCACUGAUGCGAUUACCACUGAUGCGGCUACCACUGAUGCGGCUACCACUGAUGCGGCUACCACCGAGAUAACUCGGGCUUCCCCGAAGGAGAGCAUCCAGGACCCCAAGGACACCUUGACCCCCGAGGUCAAGCAGUACCUCAGAAGUUUCCUGGAACCCUGGGCCAAGCUCCUGGCGGAAGAAGAGGAUGCAAAGGAACGUGAUGCUACGAAGAAGGAUAAAGUUUCGAAGAGGAAUGAGAGGAGCUGA